CCAAACAUGUUAAGUGAAAAAAGAUUAACUGGAGAAAAAGAAUUAAUUGUUAAAGAACACAAAAAAAUAUUUAUUUGAAAUUUCUUUUGAGACAUUUAUAUGAGACUCCACUUAUAUCUCAGUGGAAGGGGGGCUGUCAAGAAGCCAUUCUUAAUGAAAGGAAACAGAGACAUAAGGCUGAUGUAUGCCAAAUUACACAAGAAGCUUCAUAUGGGGUUGCCACAGCAGAUGGAUCCAUAGAUUUUUAUACCAGGUAUCUUUAAUGAUCCAGCCCACCCUGAUAUUGUGCUCAGAUUACUCUAUGGUGUUUAUUUUCGAAAUGACAAAUCAGUCUGAAGCCACAAAAACCUGUGGCUCUCAAAGGAUUUCAAGAUUUUAACUGAUGUUUUAACGCUCCUCUUAUCUCCUUAUUCCUAAUAUGUUUUUACUGACCUCUAGUGGCACACCUAAACUACUGCAGGGGAAACGGUCCGCUGAACUAUGCCCACAUGCGUAACUUCCUCUCCUCUUCCUGUUUAUUUUUUUCUAAGGUACCAUUCUCAUACUGAAUGAAACACUCCAGGAGCUCUGGGUUCCAGAAGGUGAGAAGGAGACGAUAUGCUCAUGUUGUUAUCACCAAUAGUGUUUGAAAGGUAGUGUGUUGCAAGCAGCGAACAAUAAACUCAUGACAGAAAACCUCCUAGAAUGCUACUGAAUUUCCCAGAAGCUAUCGCCUCAUCUGUUUGCUUGAGAAAAGUAUUUCUCUCCUGCCAUCCCCAGUGAAACAGGAGACGCAUGUCACGGAUUAGGAUCACACUUGACAGUGUUACCAAGGCAGUAGGUGGCACGGACUUCAUCUCCAAGUUCUCCCGGCUCAAGGCGGGGGGCGGCGGUGGCACAGCUGAGAGCACCCACGCAGAAAAGUCUCGGGUAAAAGUCGAGACCGUAGCCUCAAAGGCCACUGCUUCACCACCUGAAACUACAAUGAAAGUAGAAGAUGAAGGUGAGGAGACGAAUAAGGAGCAGGAGCAGAUUACAGAGAAGCCCUUUGUUUCCACAAAGAAGUCCAUAUCCACUUUGGGUUCAGCAGCAAGUGUUUCUGCCCCUUCCUCUAAUGUGGCAAAACAAACGAUGCAGCUGCUCCAGCCGGCAGCUCUGUCUACCAACAUGGAUGAGACCUACAAAACCCUGGCCAAUCACAUUGACGCUUAUUUCGGACCCAGCAUAGAAGGAGAAAUUGGCGAGAGCAGUCAGCAGCAGCACAUAGAAGGGGACGAUCAUGUUGCUGGACCAGUUCCUCAGUUUUCCUCUCAGAAGAAGGGGGACCACAUUCCUGUUUUGUCUCCAGUAGGAAAAAGUGUUGAGGUGCCGACUACAAUUCCUGCCUCUGCCUCUUCCUCUUUGCCUAGUCCUCCAGUAGAGGCUCCUUCUGCCGAAAGCGAAGCUGUGCCGACGGCCUCCCCUAGAAAAGGCUUCACUCAUUAUCUGUCCUACCCGCGGCCCAGUGUUCAGGCUUUUGUCGGCAGCUACAUCGCACCACUGGUCCCCAAAUUUAGAAGCGAUUCCAAAAAAAUGGCAGACACGUCUUCAGAUGUUGCCGUGGAUGAUGCCACUCCAGAGAAGGAAGGAGUAAAGACAGAGAGUGAGGAAGAGAAAGCCGAGAAAGCAAAGCGAGAGCUGCUAACUCAAAGGGAAAAGAUAAUAGCCAGGGUGAGCGUAGACAACAGGACCAGAGCUCUGGUGAAAGGCCUGCAGUCCGUCACUGAUGUCAAACUCCUCACUGCUCGAGUGGAGGAGCUUAGCAGCCAUCUCCUGGAAUUCCCAGAGACUCGAGUUGUGGCCAUCAAGGAGAAAGCGCUGCCCUGCCUUCUACGACUGCGCCAGGCCAGAGAUCUUCCUCUUCAGGCUGCGGUGAGAGAAGCAUUGGCUCUGACUGGCUACACCGAACCAGUCAAAGGCAGAGGAAUUAGAGUCCUGUCCAUAGAUGGAGGGGGAACAAGGGGGUUGCUGGCCCUGCAGACUCUCCGUAAGUUGCAGGACCUCACAGGGAAACCAGUCCACCAGCUCUUUGAUUACAUCUGUGGGGUCAGCACAGGUGCCAUUCUGGCUUUCAUGCUGGGGAUUUUCCAGGUCCCCCUGGAAGAGUGCGAGAAGAUGUACCGGGAGCUGGGCUCGGAUGUGUUCAAACAGAAUGUGAUCGUUGGAACAAUGAAGAUGGGCUGGAGUCAUGCUUUCUAUGACAGUGAGAUGUGGGAGAACAUCCUCAAAGAACGGAUGGGUGAUGGGCGUAUGAUCGAUAGUGCCAGGAAUCCCCACUGCCCAAAAGUGUCAGCAGUGAGCACUAUUGUGAAUAGAGGUCUUCCUCUGAAGGCAUAUGUGUUCAGGAACUAUCGACUCAUGCCAGGAGUGAGAUCUCACUACCUUGGAGACUGCAAACACAAGAUGUGGCAGGCUAUCAGGGCCUCGUCUGCUGCUCCGGGCUACUUUCAGGAAUUUGUUCUGGGAAAAGACCUUCAUCAGGAUGGAGGACUCCUAAUCAACAACCCCACAGCUCUGGCUAUUCAUGAGUGUAAGUGUCUGUGGCCAAACACACCCCUGCAGUGCGUGCUGUCUCUGGGCACCGGGCGGUACGAGACAGUGGGCAAGAAUAGCACAACCUACACAAGCCUCAAGACCAAACUGGCUCACGUCAUCAGUAGUGCCACAGAUACAGAGGAGGUACACACCAUGCUGGAUGCUCUCCUGCCCCCGGACACCUACUUCCGCUUCAACGCCUACAUGAGUGAGGACAUCCCGUUGAAUGAGAACCGUGUAGAGAAGCUGAACUUCCUCAAGAGCGAGGGCGAGCGCUACCUCGAGCGCAACGAGGCCAAGCUGAGGAAGGCGGCUAGCGUCCUGGGCCAGGAGAAGAGCGCCAUGCAGCGACUGGCUGAGUGGGCCAAGCUCAAGGCCGACAUGUACGAGGGUUUCCCCUUCGUCUCCAAGCUCUAGCCUGGUAGCAGUGUGACCCUAAGGGUUUAUUUUUUAAGGUACAAAGACAGAGAGGGAGGCAAAUACACCCCAAUGGAAUCAAUGUUGUGGAAAACAUGCAUACUAGGAACAUUUUCAUGCAUCUGGUGAGACAGUUUGAAGUUAAAUGCCAAAUGUUUACACUGUUUUACCGCAGCUACCUAACACUAAAGAUCCUUUGGUCAUAUUGAUGUUUAAUAAAUAACACGUUUAAUACAAUUUGCUGUUGGUGGAGAAGGACGUGUCUAUAAUAGAGACAGAAUGUUCUACAAGAACGGAGCAGGUUUUGACACUACAGCGGAAACCUUUACGUGGCUGAGGGAGGAGGAAAACGUAAGAAAAUGCUGGUUUACUGGUUUUUGGGACGCACAAAGAUGGGCAUGUGAUAGCUGUUAUACACAACAGUUUACUUAUGGUUAUUCGGUAAAGGAAGUGAGCUUUGUUUUCUUUUUCAGUAACUUGAAUACAUAAAGAUGUAAUUAAUACAUGAUUGCACCGUGAGAACAUGAGUGUGACUGCCUAUCUGUAACACUGUACACAAGUUAACACCUCAUGCACUUUUUAAAGGGUAAUUCUUAGCCUCUCUGUUGAGAAUGAUGUAAAUACAUUUUGUGGUAAUUAUGAAAUAAGUAAUUAUGAAGUGUUUGCAGUGUUAGAAUUUAACAAUAUAAAAAAAGUGUGCACAUACAGCCACUUUGAAGACCGAUACUAAAGUAAAAGAAAGUGUUACAAUCUGGUAAAAAGCAUGUCUAUCCCGCUUUAAGCAGCUAGUUGUGGCCCCAUGGUUAAUAUAAAGCUUUUACCUUGAACCUCGAUCAAGCCUGAUUUCUAUUUCUGCACAAUUUAUAAACUAAACAGACUUUUGACAUUGUGAGAAUCCUUACUGCCCUGACCCCUUUCUUCAUUACUUAGCGGAAUGCCAAAAAUGAGCAAAAUGUAAUGAUAUAAUAAAAUUAUAUCUCAAACCA